AUGCAAACCAUUCCGAUUAUCCUAAUUGCUUGGGUCUCCGGUGUUGCGACUCAUAUCUUCCACUUUCAUCGCCGUGAACGCCAUCUUCAUCCCCAGAGGUACCUGCAAGCCUGUUUCAUCCUCUUCCUCGUGGGCAUAGCCGCCGUAAAGCAUGUCAGAGAUAAUUCUACAAUGGCAGUUGCCGUGCAAGAGACGGGAAAGAUUUUGGGCUCGUACAUUGCUGGGAUCUACCUCAGCUUGAUUAUUUUCAGACUUCUCUUGAACCCUCUAAACAAAUUUCCGGGUCGUCCUCUUUCAAGGCUCAGUGCACUUGAUCACAGCUUCCGCAUCGGCAAAGACAAAGACAUGUUCCUAAAACUAUAUCAAUCUCACACAGAAUUAGGCAAGUUUGUACGGACGGGUCCACACGACCUAUCUGUCACGCAUCCAGAUGUCGUCCGUGUGGCAUUGUCGACUCAGGCGGUUUGCGGAAAGGCGGCGUGGUACGAAGUUGAAUCGCCAGCAUACUCUUUACAUUCGACGCGAGUGCGGUCGCAGCAUGACAGGCGUCGCCGAAUCUGGAGUCCUGCAUUCAGCGACAAGGCUCUGCGAGGGUAUGAGAAGAGAGUUCACAGAUAUAAUGAAUGCCUUAUACUACAGAUUGACUCAUUCUCUGGACAACCGGUCGAUAUGUCCAAGUGGUUCAACUACUGGAGCUUCGAUGUCAUGGGAGAUCUGGCAUUUGGAAGAUCAUUCAACAUGAUGGAAUCCGCAGGAGAACAUUGGGCGAUCAAACUUUUGAACAGCUCCCAAGAUGGCAUUGGGCUUGCUUUGCCGCCCUGGAUUGGUCGCCUAUGCUGGCACAUUGCUCCGCUGAGAUCAACAUAUGAUCGAUUUCACAAAUUCUGUGCCUCCGAGAUAGAAGACCGCAUCCUUUUACAGGGGAAACAAGGAGAUCCAGACAUCACACAUUAUCUCAUCGAAGACUUAAAUGCCAAAGAUGCUGAAGGACAAAAGGCUGCCCUGCCACUGCUCUAUCUCGACAGCAAGCUAAUCAUUGUUGCCGGAAGUGACACAACAGCCGCAACAUUGACAUUCUUAUUCUAUCACCUUGCGAUCGAACCAGGUAUAGUCUCUCGCCUCAGGGAAGAGUUGGAGCCGUUUUGUCGCGACGCUAGCAACAUCGAACAUCAGCACGUUCAGUCUGCACCACUUCUUAAUGCUUGUAUCAACGAAACCCUCAGGCUACAUCCUCCUGUCCCAAGUGGGCUCUAUCGGAAAACUCCUCCUGAGGGGGUCUACAUUGGUGACGAGUGGAUUCCUGGAAACACAACGAUUCAAAUACACCUGUAUUCCAUGGCCCGUGACGAGUCCAAUUUUGCAAUGGCGGAGCAGUUCAUUCCAGAGAGGUUUACCUCCAGGCCAGAGCUUGUCAAGAACAAAGACGCAUUUGCCCCAUUUUCGAUUGGUCCAUAUGCCUGCAUAGGCAAGAAUCUAGCAUACAUGGAGAUCAGGUUGCUAGCUGCUCAGCUGAUCACAAAAUUCGAUGUAGCCCUGGCACCGAGCGAGGAUGGUACAGCUCUUUUGAACUCUGUGGACCAUUUCACCAUCGGCUUGAAGCCGAUCAAUAUGAUAUUGAGCCGAAGAAAGUCGGUCGCGCGAGAGAGAUGA